UAGAGCAUCACUUCCGUGUUUACAUGAUGAAACUGUGUGAAAAGAUAUUGAAAGCUGACGCAUCCUUUUGUGGUAUUUAUUUGAGAAAGAAGCGUGUGCUGCAUUAGUGUUGAUUCCUGAUAUUAAGACUGUGGACAGCUUCUUUGGACAAGUUGGAAACAAGUUGUUAUUCAGGUAUAAUGAUGCGUAACCGACAGAGGGGAUCCAAUCUUGGCCUGCUCUUGCUGGCAUCUCAGGUGUUCCAGCUUGGCUUUGACAACAUCCCACCUAUUACUCUCGCAACACUGGGACUCAACGUCUAUUUGUUCCUGUUUCCAGUCAAGCCCCUCCUACAGACAUGUUUGAGUGUUCAGCAGGCAUACUGGUACAGAGACUGGAAUCGUCUGCUGUUGUCUCCGUUUCAUCAUGUCGAUGACAUGCACCUGUACUUCAACAUGGCCUCCUUCCUUUAUAAAGGCAUCAAGCUGGAGAGAAAACUGGGCGGGUCCGGGUUUGCAUACCUACUGUCCGUCUUCUCCAUGCUUACUGGAUUGGUCUACCUGCUCCUGGAGGCAGGUCUGACACAGAUGACGGAAGAUUCGUCGUAUAGUAUGCAGUGUGCAGUGGGAUUCUCGGGUGUUCUGUUUGGGCUGAAGGUGGUGAAUAAUCACUAUUACCCAGGUGGGGUCACGUACAUCAUAGGACUGCCUGUAGCCAGUCGCUACGCCUGCUGGGUGGAGUUGAUCCUUAUACACAUCAUGAACCCAGGAACCUCAUUUGUUGGACACCUGUCUGGUAUUCUUGUCGGGCUGCUCUACACAUCUGGACCACUAAAGAGAGUCAUGAAAACAUUUGCAGGCUUUGUAACAUCUAGUGGCCAUUACGAUCAGCAGACAUACUACCAUUCAUCAGGUUACAGUGGAUACGGGAUGCCAUAUCCUCCAAAUUCCUCCUAUGAUCAGCAAUUUAAUUCCAGACACAAUAGCGCCCCAUACGGGGACCCAUACGAAACACACAUGCCUUCUGCGCCUCCCCAGCACCCCUACACAGCUGGACUCUCGGAAGAGGAGCAGUAUGAGGCAGCUGUCAGGGCCAGCCUGAACAACAGUGGGGCUGCUACGCAGACCAGAUCAUCACAAAAUAUUUAUGCCCACAAUAAUCCAAGCACUGAGGAGAUUCGAUGGCGACGACUUCAGAGGUUUAACCGCUGAGCACCUAGAGAAUAUCUGACAAACAUUGAUCUAAUGCUAGAUUGUUUACAGUAAGGACAGCCCAAAAUAAUCAGAGGUAGCGUGAGAUGAUUCUUCCACAGCUGAUUGGAGGUCAAAUGGAAUUGCCUUUAUGAUGUCAUCAGUGGAUCCCCAUUGGUAUGCACCUUCGCUAGAUGUGUCGGAAGUAUUUCAGUAUUUCAGUUCGUACAUGGAGUCCGCAAAAAGCUUAAAAUUAUUGUAGCACUUCUUUUCAUACACUACACAUUUAUUUUGCUUAAAAUGCAGGUCUUAUCCUAAUCUUAAAGGGAUAGUUCACACAAAAAUGACAAUUCUGUCAUACUAUUCUUUCCUCUGUGAAACACAAAUGAAGUGGUAUUAGGCAGAAUGCUAGCCUCUGUGACCAUUCAGUUUCAUUGCAUCUUUUUUCAAUGCAAUGAAAGUGAAUGGUGACUGAAGCUAACAGUCUGUCUAAUACCUCUUUUUUUGUGUUUCACUAAGGAAAGAAAGUCAUGCAGGUUUGGAACAACAUGAGGGUGAGCAAAUUACUGAAUUUUCAUUAUUGGGUGAACUUAUCCCUUCAGUGGUUAUCAAAAGAAAAUAUUAAUGAAAUGUACAUCUAUGACAUAUUGUUGUAAAUGCUUUAACUCCAAGUGCCUUUUUGAAGUUUUUAUGCAGUAUGUGGAUUUAUGUGCAAAUGUAUGACUUUGUUUCAGUGUGCCAACAACAAGUCUUAAGUCAUUGAUUAGCUGAUGCUUCUGUUGCCUGAAUGUAAAUAUGCUAACUUGCACUUUUUCUUCUUUAAGGAAGUGCGUUUUUUGUAAACAAACAAUAAACCAUUGUUUUUCUGAUAUAUUCAUUAUAACUAAGUGAUUUUGAGUUGGUUCCAAGACAGCACAAUAACCAAAAAAUGGUCUAACCGUAUUUAUGCAAUAAGGAGGUCAUGCUACAUUGUGAAUAUAGUCAAGGUUAUAGGUCUUUGUUAAGCACAUUAUGCAGCGGCACAAUAGACAUGGUAUAAAGCAUGGCAUCAAAUGCCUUAGUGGGGACUGUCCCUGUAAGUAAUUAACUUGCUGUGGGUAAGAAUGUAUCUGCUUAAGCUGUAGAAGUAUGAAAUGUCUUAGUUUAAAGUCAUGAUGUCUCUUAAGCUAUAUAGGUUAACAAAAGAAAUUCUUUGCUCCAGAUUUUAUUGCAAGUUAGUACAAAGAGCACAGCCUUUAUUAGACAUUUAAUACACAGUAAGAAUUGAACCUGAUCAUAAAAUGCAAAGUCAUUGCAAAAGGUCGGUUAUAUACAAGUGUUUAAACAAUUUGUGUUUUCCUUGUGGUGUGUGCACUUCCAUGUUCAUGUGAAACAGUACAGUACACAAGACAUUAAACUCCUAAAUGUCACAGUGAAAUGCAUUCCUAAUUUGCCGGCAGCAUUAUCAAAAAAUCAGACAAAAAUAAUAAUCACUUCUUUUGAAAAUGUUUUCUCCAAAAAUAGCACCAAAAUAAUCUCUAGCUAAAUAAAUACUCUUGACAUUUAGUAAAAAAUAUAAAGCAAAGCUGUUUGUUCAACAGUGCAAUCAUAUUUACAUACAAAAGAAUAUAUCAUGCUCAAAACAGGAUUCCUUUUUCCAUGUUACGAGGAUAUUGACAGUAGAUUACUGAGGGUGUAAGUUUCCUUUUAAUGGCUUGAGAUAGUUUAGACAAUGAGACAUUAAUUUUUAAACAAACAAAACUAAAGCUAGGCAGGGAAGUGUUCAAUAAUGGUGACUGGGAAAUUCAAAGGCAACUUUCACAGAUGACAGAAGAGGAGACACAACAAUGAAAGGGGAAAUGGAUGCUUUAAACAGUAUUUUUAAGCCUAACUACAUUAAACAUUACUUUCAGAUGUGCCACAUUUAUGAGGCCAAAAAAUUAUUUCAGAAUCUGUGCAUGUAAAGGGUAUUAUGAAAUAUAGGGAUGUUGUUUUUGAUUGAAAUCAACCUUAAAGUUUCAAUACAAGUUAAGCUCAAUCGACAACAUUUUUGCCAUAAUGUUGAUUACCACAAAAUAAAAUUAAAUAUAGACUCGUACCUCCUUUUCUAUAAAAAAAGCAGAAAAUCUAGGUUACAGUGAGGCACUUACAAUGGAAGUGAAUGGGGCCAAUGUUUGGAGGGUUUAAAGGUAGAAAUAAGAAGCUUAUAAUUUUAUAAAAGCAAUUACAUUCUUCUUUUAAAACGUAUGUAUUAUUUGAGCUGUAAAGUUGUUUGAAUAAUAAUUUUCAGAGUCGUUUUAGGAUUUGUUGUCCGCAUGGCAACGAAAAGGUUAGUAAGUGAUUUAAAUCAAACUAAAAUCAGGUUAACAUGCAUAUUGUUUACAUCUUGUGGCUAUACUUUUGAAACAGUGAGUAUUUUAACGUUUACAGAUUGGCCCCCAUUCACUUCCAUUGUAAGUGCCUCACUGUAACCCAGAGAAAAGGAGGGACAAGUCCAAUUUUUUUUUUUUUUUUUUUUUUUUUUGUAAUCAACAUUGCCACAAUUGCUGUCAGUUGAGCUGAACUUGUACUGAACCUGGAAUAUUCCUUUAAGUCUUGAAUACCCUAAAACCAAUCACAUACACAGCCACAUUACCUUGCUAAUACAGUCUUAUCUCCAGAAGGAAAUGUGUUUCCUCUGGCCUUAAAAACCUGAAGCAAUUCUAAACAAUGUACUAAACAGAAUAUUCAUUUUAGAUCACUUAACCUGUGUGCUUAACACAGCUGGCUGCUGCAGCUCCAGUGGUAAAGCAUGGGUAUGCAUCACCAAGGUCAUGGGUUCAAAUCCCAAGAAACACACAUUCUGAUAAUAUAUAUAUAUA